AUGGCGACCCAAACAUCAGGUACAGACCAAAAACAGGUCGAGACUUCAACAACACCCAUCCCCUCAAGUAAUGACACCCCACCACCGCGCACAUUCCGCUCCUUCAUCUGGGACACAGACACGCACCUCAAAUCCCCCGCGGAAAAGCGCCUCCUGCUCAAGCUCGACGCCUCAAUCCUGACUAUCGGAUGUCUGGGCUUCUUCAUGAAAUACCUCGACCAGGGGAACCUGUCCAACGCCUACGUCUCAGGCAUGCAGGAGCAACUCUCCAUGUACGGAAACGAAUACACAUACGCCCAGACCAUGUACACAGUCGCGUACGCCGUGAUGCAGGUCCCCAGUACACUGAUCAUCCAGAAAAUCCGACCUAGUAUCUGGCUCGCCGUGAUGGAGGUUGCCUGGGGCGCGUUUACGUUCGCGCAGGCCGGGGUCCACAAUGUGCCGGAGCUAUACGCGUUCCGGUUUCUGGUGGGGUUGUUUGAGAGUUCGUUUUUCCCGGCUUUGCUUUAUCUGCUCGGGAGUUGGUAUACGAAGACGGAGCUUGCGAAGAGGGUGGCCUUGUUCCAUAUGACCGCGCCGCUGGGGACCGCGUUCGGCGGGUAUCUCCAGGCGGCGGUUUAUGAGAAUUUGAAUGGCGCGCAUGGCAUUGAGGGGUGGAGGUGGUUGUAUAUUGUCUGUGGGUGUAUGACUGUGCCGGUUGGGCUUGCGACGUUUGUGGUGCUCCCUGAUACGCCGUAUACGACGAAGGUGUGGUUCCUGUCGGCUGAGGAGAGGGAGUUGGCGAUUGAGCGGGUGAGGAGGGCUGGGAAGGCGGCGCCGGUGAAGAUUCGGUUGGCGACGUUCAAGACGAUUCUGAGCUCGUGGAAGUGGUAUGGGUUUGUUAUUGGAUACGUGUUAUAUGGAUCGUCAUGCGGCGCAAACGGGUACUUUGCCAUCUGGCUCAAGUCCGAGAACUUCUCUGUCGCCGAACGCAAUGUCAUUCCCACUGGGACGUCUCUGGUAUCUGCAGCCUGCGUUGUCCUCUGGGGUUUUCUGUCGGACUAUACCGGGAGCAGGUUCGCCUGGGUGCUGAUACCACUGAUAUGCGGCCUUCUCCCAAACGGCAUCUUAGCAUUCUGGCCAUCCAGUCUUGCGCUAAAGGAGUUCGCCUUCCUAACAAUUGCCGUUCAGCUCAUGACAGCCGUGUUCUACUCCUGGGCUAACGAAGUCUGCGCCGGGAACAACGAAGAACGAGCCGUGGUGGUCAGUAGCAUGAAUGGCUUUCAGUAUGCUGUCGCUGCAUGGCUGCCUAUUGUUAUCUUUCCGCAGACAAUGGCGCCGGAUUUCCGGUAUGGGUUUCCAACCACCUUUGGCCUGGUUAUUGCGGCGAUCUUUGCAGUCAUUGGAAUUCAGCUGUUUGUUCUCCGGGACGAGCGCAGGGCUAAACAUGCGGCAGCUUCUGGGGAAGUUGAUGCGUAG